AUGAAAGAUAACGAGGUCUUGACCAAUGCCAGAAUCAUCAAGUUAUUCGAACCGUUCACCCUUUCCUCUGUGAUGGUCGUCCGAAUAGCCUGUUCUGAUUUGGCAUUAGAAGGCGAUGUGGCAUUGAAGCUUUUUGAUCCACGCUUUGCAACACAGCUCCGGAAAGAUGAAAAACUUCGUCCCUGGACUUCAGACAUUGAGAGCGAUUAUCAUCAAUUCGUUCUUGAUGGUGGUGCAUCUCAAUUCAUCACUGAGCUCAAUAACAACGGCGACAUAGCACAGCAAGGCGAAACAUGGAAUAGCUCCCAGGACGAAGCCUAUCUUCAUGAUCAUUUAUCCGAUCUGUAUAAAACAGAGGUUCGGGUAUAUGACACCUUGAUGGAUAUGCAAGGAAAUGAUAUCCCUCAACUACUUGCCUGCGUCACAAUUCCAGGCUGUAGUUUGGCGGAAAUACAGCCAGCCAGCCAGUAUAUCGAUGUUUCUGGAAUCCUUUUGGAGUAUAUUGAAGGGUUUCCUUUGACCGAUAUCGCCGACCACACACCAAGAGAGUGCUGGCAAAGCAUCUGCGAAGAAGCUAUACAAAUACUUCAUCGGAUGGGUGAUCAUGGGAUAUUAAACGAGGAUGUCAAGACGAGAAGCUUUAUCGUGAAGGACACGCGGGCGGAAAGUGGAUACAAGGUGGUCAUGAUUGACUUUGCCCUCAGCAAUUUUCGCAAGGAUUAUGCAGAUAACGUUGAUUGGAGUGAAGCGAAGGCAAUACAGGAUGAAGAAGGGGCAGUUGGACUUAUCAUGCAGGACCGCUUGGAGGGUGGAUUUGUUUACCGUCGAUCUAAUCGAUACAAAAAGCCGGCUGAUUAUUACGAAUGA